ACUUCACCGUGAGGCUGCAAAUCAAGCAGAUGUGCUUGCUGUGAAUUGCUACAGUGUCUGAACUUUUGUAUGCCAAAGGUGAUAACACCUUCCUUUUCUGGGAUUUUUUUCAUUCUUUUAUAUUGUGUGUGUUCUCUGUGAAGGGAAUGAAAUGGAGAAGUUGAAGAAAUAUGCAUUGCUGAAAGAUGAAGAUCAGUUUUAUCAUGAGGGAGCUGUGGAGUUGCUAGUCUUUAACUUUCUGCUUAUUCUUACAAUAUUAACAAUUUGGUUGUUUAAAAACCAUCGAUUCCGCUUUCUGCAUGAAACUGGAGGAGCUAUGGUUUAUGGCCUCGUAAUGGGAUUAAUUAUACGAUAUGCAACAAAAACAUCAGAUGUUGAAAAUGGAACUGUUUAUGAAUGUGAAAAGCUGAAAUCUGGGCCAUCCAGUCUACUUAUUAAUAUAACUAAUCAGGUCUAUGAAUACCAAUACAAAAGAGAGAUCAACCACCACAAUGUCAAUGGUCACCAGGGCAAUGCAAUGCUUCAAAAGAUGACAUUUGAUCCUUCCAUCUUCUUCAAUAUUUUGCUGCCACCUAUUAUAUUUCAUGCUGGAUAUAGUUUAAAGAAGAGACAUUUCUUUCGUAACUUGGGAUCAAUUUUAACCUAUGCAUUUUUGGGAACUGCCAUCUCCUGCAUUGUCAUAGGGUUGAUAAUGUAUGGUUUCGUGAAGGCCAUGGUGCACAUUGGCCAGUUAAAAGGAUGGGAAUUCCACUUCACUGACUGUUUAUUUUUUGGAUCGCUGAUGUCUGCCACAGAUCCAGUGACAGUCCUUGCUAUUUUCAAUGAGCUGCACGUGGAUACAGAUUUGUACACACUUCUAUUUGGAGAGAGCGUCCUAAAUGAUGCUGUAGCUAUUGUGCUGACAUACUCUAUAUCCAUUUACAGUCCCAAGGAGAAUCCUAAUGCAUUUGAUGCUGCUGCUUUCUUUCAGUCAGUGGGAAAUUUUCUGGGGAUCUUUGCUGGAUCGUUUGCUAUGGGAUCCUCUUAUGCAGUUGUCACAGCUUUAUUGACAAAAUUUACAAAGCUGUGUGACUUCCCCAUGUUGGAGACAGGUCUGUUUUUCCUUCUAUCUUGGAGUGCCUUCUUAUCAGCAGAAGCUGCUGGUCUCACAGGUAUUGUUGCAGUUCUUUUCUGCGGAGUCACACAAGCCCAUUAUACCUACAACAAUCUCUCAUCAGAUUCCAAAAUGAGAACUAAACAGCUGUUUGAGUUCAUGAAUUUCUUAGCUGAGAAUGUCAUCUUCUGUUACAUGGGACUUGCUCUGUUCACAUUUCAAAACCAUAUCUUCAACCCUCUUUUUAUAUUUGGUGCAUUUCUGGCAGUCUUUGUAGCAAGAGCUUGCAACAUAUAUCCACUUACUUUCCUUUUGAAUUUUGGUCGAAAACAAAAGAUUCCCAGGAAUUUUCAACACAUGAUGAUGUUUUCAGGUUUACGUGGUGCAAUAGCUUUUGCAUUGGCUAUUCGAGACACAGAAUCCCAACCCAAACAAAUGAUGUUCACAACAACACUGCUUAUUGUGUUUUUCACAGUCUGGGUAUUUGGUGGAGGCACAACACCAAUGCUCACAUGGCUUCAGAUCAGAGUUGGUGUAGAUCCAGAUGAAGAUAUGAAAGCAGAAGCUGCAAACCAGACUGCAUGUAACUUGGAUAAAAAUACAACCAAAGCAGAGAGCGCGUGGCUGUUCAGAGUUUGCUUCCUAGGGGUUCUGUGUCCUGACACCGUAACAUGAUGGCAUGUCUAUAACUACAGUAUCAUCUACCACACAUGGAGGAAUAAGCUUCCAUUCCUAUGGUAGGUGCAAAAGACAUCUGUCCCGUGAACUUCAGAACAGAGUGAAUAAAUAGCAUCAUUCUGCAGUGUUGUAACCAAUCACCUCCAGUUUUAACAACGCAGGUUUUUUAUGAAGAUGUAGAUCGACCACCAAGCUAAUAUACUAUCUCUGAUGUGCAGAGGUAUUUAAAUGCUCUUCAUAGGAGAAUCAGAAUGUCAAAAAACAUAGCAUUAUGUAUUAAAUAGAUAAUACUAGAUAAAAAAUUUUAACUGGUUAACACACAAACCUCUCAUCCCCUAAUAUUAAAUGCAACAUCUGUUAAUAAAUCCAAGCUAGAAUGAAAAAUGAAAUACAUCUUAGUGCUCUAUUCAUAUUGUACCAAGUGUCAAACUGCACUCAGAAAUUUUUUCUCAACUGGGAGCUUGCUUUCAGAACAGCAAUAGGUUAGUAAACAUGUUUCAGUUCACAACUAAAGAGAACGUUUAGAUGUAGGAGUAGAAAAUUGAACAUUUCCUGCUGUUCUUUGUACAGAUAUCAAGCAGUGACAUCAAUUCCUGCUUUUCUAAAAGCCAAAGUAAAUUAUAACUAACCUACAAAAUAAACCUGCAUUCAGUACCACACAAGAGAUUUGCAGUGUAAUUCAUAGACUUAAUUCAGUCAUAACAUUCUGUUGAUGGAGACAAGCAAAGAGCAAAAACAAAUGUCAGGCUUAGUGAUCACAGAGGUCAGAAAUGAUAGUUAUUUUUAAGGUAUUUACAGGCUAGGAUAAAAAGAAAAAUGAAAGAAGUAAAUGAAAGUGAGUGAAGUGAAUGAAACAGUAAGAGUUGUUAGUGAUGCUGAAUGACAAUGUGAUAUAUUAAGUGCAGAAUUUGGGAUAUAAUCCAGGAUGUAAAAAAAGAGGAGACUAGUUAUUAUCUUUAAUAUUAAAUUAUUAUAUUAAUUUAUUAAAAACUGAGACAUGGAAGCAAAGAAAAAUAGCUAUAAACAGAAUAAAGAAUGUGUCUGAGGUGUGUCUUAUAAGACAUUUAAUACAUUUGUGACUGAAAUGGUGACCUGAUAAUACACAUAAAUUGCCUCAGACCCAAUCUCAGCAGUGAAAUGAGGAAUAUUAGAGGAAUCUGAGUGUAACAGUGACUGAGGAAGGAACUUAGCCUGCUAAAUAGUCCUCUCCACUCUGUGUGUUCCCACACAACAUCUCCCACACUACUCUCUCUCCUCCUCCUUCCCAGUGGCUCAAUAUAAUUACUUUUUUCCAAAGCCCUGGCUACUGGAGAGCAGCUCCCUGAUCAGAAGAGGCAGCAUUCAGUUAUGAAGGAACAGUCCAAUUUUAGAGAUUGAAUAUGUUGAGAGAACAGAUAGGUAGUAAAUCUGUUAAUUUUGGGGUUAGUUGGCAAAGCACUACUACACGUCUUUAAAGAUACAAGUAAGGCAUGACUGCUUUACCUAUUUUUUUGUGAUGUUUAAGUCAUUAAGAUCACCUAAAAAUAGUCCUGCAAAAGAUCUGCUUAAUCUGUAGUCAAAUCUGCUGGUUGAUUUUUUUUUUUUUUUUUUCAGAAUACUGUGUUUUUUUUCUGCAUGUGUUUUCUGUGAACAACUUUUGUUGCUGACUCCACAAGCGUCUUUUUUCAGUGUCUAGCCUCAAAUGCACAGAUGCUGUAUCUAUCUGAAUACUAACAUAAAAAGCUUUAAAAUCUUGGGGAAAGGUCCACUGUAUUAGAAAAUAUUGCAUCCCACAAACCUGGCUUUUUCAACACAGGAAAUCCUUGUUGUGAUUUCAGCCCACAGAAAGCAGUGCAUCUCAGCAGUGGACUAUGCCUCAUUAGGAAGCAGAGAGGAGCAAUCCCAAGUUGAAGAAUAGCUGGCAAUUUUAGAGUAAAUACCUCAGGUGGCUAAGUAGGGUAAAUGGAAUUACAUAAAUUUCCACUUUGCAGGCAGAUUCCUGAAUAAAGUUGCUAAUUCUAACAAUAAUUCUUAGACUUAGUAUAAUAUUUCUUCUCCUCUCCAUUUUGUCUUUAUUCGGUGGCCCAAGGAUAUCAAUUACUUGCUGCUUUUAGUACAAACUGACUUGAUUUGCGCAGACGUCUUGCAUGAAUUACUCCUCCUAUUAUUGUGUUUCUCUAUGUAAGUAAUUCUCUCAAAAGAGUUGCAGUACAGAAGUAAAUUAAAAUAUAUUUUUUGCUCCUGAUAUACUUAGGACUCCUCUAAUCUCGUUUCAUAUAAUAGCUAUAGCAUAAUUUGUAGGAUAAACUCAGAGAAACAAUACCAUUGAAUUGAAAGGCACAUUUUCAGUAUAUUCAACUGCUAUAAGAGCAUGAAAAACCGCCUACUGUAAUACUUCUAUGAAAUGAGCAAGUAGCUUCCAAGCUCUUACAUACUUAUCAACCUAAACAGCAGGCACAGUAGUUUUUGUCUGUGAACCCAGAAGCACCUGCAUUUUGUGGUGCUAAAUUUCUGCCCUGGGUGUCUGCAUUUCCACCUGGGAGCAAACAAGCAACCCAGCUGCUAUUGUCAUCCUGGAGCAAAACUCACAGCAUCACCCCCACCUAUGCCAUCAGUCUGCUCCAAUUCUCUAGAUGUGCUUAGAUGACAAGAUUGUGCAGGUUUUUCCUAUUCCAACAGAGCUUGCUGGCCACGUAAGUUAUACGAGAGCAUACAGUUUAAAAAAAAAGUGGGAAUUCCUUCAGGUGCUUAUGCCUCUGUUACUCCUAGUGCAGUGACUUUAUCUUGCGUAAGCAAUGAAAUACUCAAUGAAGUAGAAAGAAUAAUGGACUCUAAAGCCCCAAGUGUACCUUAUGAAGGAAACUGAGGCUCAAGGCCAUGUCCAAAUAAAUAAGUAUUAAUAACAUUAGACAAGAUAAAUUGAUAGCCACCACGGAACAUAACAUCAUCCUGGCUGUUUCAGACUUCAGCUCUGGAUCUCACAGAGUAAAUCUGAACUGAAGUCUUCCCGACAUGGUCUAGCCCCCUGGCCCAUGAGGUAUUCAGAUUUAAGGGGAUGGGGCAUUAUUGUUACAGAUGGUAACUAGCACCAUAUCCAGUUCAAGGCCCCAGGCAGGGACAGACUCGCUAUUAGGAGUAUCUGCUAGAGCAGAGACCUGAACAAGGGGAGGCACCUCUGCUCCCCAGUCUACCUCAGCAUUUAGUUCAUCUGCUGUUUGCAUGGCUUUUCAUCUGGACUCUGGAGAAUCCUUGUGCCUAAGCCUGGUUUGUUACAGAAUCCAGAGCUCAUUACUGCAGCAUGCACUUGGGGAACUUGGAUUUAGGUGGUACAAUACUGAGCAGUACAACACCAAAGUAUCCUGAAGUAGCUCAAAACCCUGGAACUUGUUACAGAAACUAUUGUGAUAAGGACCCUGCUGUACCUCAGCAGCAAGUGCUGUAACUCCUGUGCAUGUGCCUACUCAAAUAAGAAAGAUCCAAGGAGCAAUGAGAAAAUGGAAUACCAGCAAGGGCUAUAAAACUGAAUCCCAUAACCUAUUGUAACAAAACUAUAUCAUCACUUUAAAAAAAGCAACUAUAAUAUAACGAUCGCCACACAUGACUGACAGCUGAUUAUGAAAAUAAGAUUCUUCUUUCCCUGUUCUCAGAGACAUUUCCAACUCUGUCAGUGGCACAAAACAGAGCCCUCUGCCCAACCGCACUGCCUAGACAGGAUAUAAGAAAGGGAAGCAAUCCAUCUGAGAGGUCUGUGUUGCACAAGCUUGGUGAUUCUUUUUAGCCAGCAGCUUGCUUUAUGUGACUACAGGUCUGUUGGCAUUACUUAUACAGAAAAUCUCUCUUCCCCUGUUCUCAGCAUUGCCCAAUUAAGCAGGCUGGGAAACUUAUACCCAACCUUUAUUUUAAGUUACACUGGCUCAACAGUGAUACUUUAAAACAGAUUGAAAGCAGAGCAAAUCUUUGAGUGGACUCCCGUAGUUCACUGGGCACUCAACAAACCUAAUUUAUGUCAGAAUUGCUUUGAUUCAGUACUACAACUCUGAAUGUAAACAUGCCCUGAACUAAUAAAUAAAGUUGCAAAAAACUGCAAAAAAUUCUGAGCACUAUGGUUAUUCUUUAGAGAGAUACCAAAAUUUAAUACCACAAAGUAUAACUUCACAAACAAAUCAAUUUUUCAGAGUUACCAUCUCUGUUUUGCACUGGCUCCUGGUGUGCAUACAUACAUCUGCACACAUGCACAAAUAGCCUAAGGGGGAUUUUGUGUAUUCAAACACCCAUCAUCAAGUGAUGUCUUCCUUAAAAACAGGAAUAUGAAUAGAACUCCAAAAGUCUGUGAAACAAACUGGACUUUUUACAUUUGUUGUCACAACCUUUUUUUUUUUUUUUUUUUUUUUUAAACCAAUUAUGUCAAGUCCUAGAAUCAAAAUGUGAGAAUGGUCCCGUGUUUUCAGUAAUAUUUUUGCAAUCUUUCCAUAUCCACAAACAAAGAUACUUAGUUAACCCUUUAAUGAAAUGUAUUUAUCCAGAUUGAGAAUGCUUUGAAAGGCUUCGGGGACUAGAUGGCAUUUGGUCCUGCUUUUUGCAAAGGAAGAACUUUACUCCAUUUAAAAGAUAAAGCCUUGGAGGACAUAGCUUUACAAGUACAUCAUAAUAAGAAUGCCAUUGUGCAUAAUGGUGCCAUCCACCUUCUCUAAUAGUUUAUUUACCAUCACUUCCUCUAAAAGAGGAAAACGAAUGCACAGAUUUUUAUUACAAUAGACUAAAGACCAUAGACCUAUAUGCCUCUGUAGGAGACUGUCAAUGACAUCGACUAUAUUCCACUGAACAACAGAAUAACUACUAGGAAUUGUCAAUUUCAGUCCCAAUAAAAUCAGAUCAGCAGCUGUGACUGACAGUAGCAUUCUGUAAUUCAUCACAGCCAGUUUCAAGGCCUGAUAAUAUUCAGUGGCAGAAGGAAAAUCAGUGCAUUCAUACCCAAAAGCUAAAGGAAAACUCAUUUUGAAGAAAUUUUUCUUGCGCUGGAUAAAAGUACACUAAAUAAGAGCCAUUUGGAAGACAAAAUGAAAAGCAAUAAAGGUAGCUUAUUUCUUAUGAGUUUGGUUUUUCAGGGGUUUUGUUGUUUUAAAUUCUGUAGAGUGAUUUUGAGCUCUCACUGAACAAAAUAAAAUCAUAUGAAUAGGAAUCGUUUUAUCUAUAAAAUUUGAGGGUAAAGGGUAGAGAGUAGAGAGGGUAGAGAGUAAAAUGAAUGGCAGUGUGUGUAUGAAUAUUGUGUUGGAAAACCUUCACAAUAUAAGGGCAAAACCCUGCUUUAUAUUUUUAUUAUUUCUACACUGUUUCUCAGAACUCUUAGUAACAAACUAGGGACUACAGUGUGCUCGACACUGCAUUAGAAUCAAACACAAACCCUGUAUAGCAUAGAGGAUAACAAUCUGCCAGGCACAUUACCAUGCAGACAGAGGGAGAUACAGAAUGACACUUCCAGACAGUUAUCUGACAGGAGAAUAGGCUGUGGUACAGGAAGAUUAAUUAUUAAUAAUCACUGUGCCUUAUCUGGGCAUUUAGGGAUAGUAUUUGGUUGCGGAGCAUGGAGGAAAUGGGACUGCAGCCUAAGAGCAGAAAGCUUUAAGAAAAUAUUUUAGGUAACUUUACAUAUUUAGAGUUUAAAUCACUAGUACUUUUCUGAGGAAACUCUGCAUUGUAAGAGGCAACACAGACAAGGAGCACGCUGUCUAAAGAUUUAACAGGUUGAUAAUGUGCGUUAGAAUGGUUCAACAGUGACAGAAUCAAAACUCCUAAUCUAGAGGGAGAUGAAUGAUAAAGUGGGGAAAACCCAUGAAAAUGAUGUCAAUCAGAUAAAAUCUGAGGAAAAAGAGAAGUCCUAGUGGAAGAGAAAGAAGGAAGGGCAGACUGUGCAAAUGAACACUCGUGUUAUUUAGCAUGCAAUCCCUUAUUAGUAUCCCAUUAAGCAUCAACAGCACAGCAAAAUAGUUCACUCUUCUUUCAAAGCUGCAAUAUUACUGUUUCAAAAGUUAGAAAAUUACUAUUGCCAGUCCAUCCCUUCUGCAUGCAGUAUGUACUGAUACAAAUUGGGUAAUGUUUUUGAGACCCACUUCUGUCAAUGCACAGAAGUUCUUGUUCUGACUGUCUUCCUAUCGCAGGGCUUUUGCCACCUUCUAAUCAUCCAACCAGACAUCAGGACUUAGUGACUAUAGGGAGAAGGCUAAAUCUGGUGAGCCUCCUCUCCCAAAUCUAGCUUGCAUAGCAGAACACCUGAUGACAAGAAAGAGGAAAGUGAAUCACAAGCCUUUCCUACAACAACCGUCUGAAAAGUGAAACUUCACUAAAAGAGUGCUCAAAAUUGGAAUGAUGAAUUCAAAUAAUUUAGCUGCUUUACUGUGGCCACAUAAGUGUCAUGAAGUAAAACUUACCAGCACUUGUAAUGAGCAAAAGAGGGCUUAUUUUCCACCAUUGUGUGGAUAUUUAAUUUCCUUGAAAUUAAUUUUAUUUUGAGCAAGUGUUUCUUAACUUAUACUAUUUAGGCUGCAAUAUACUGUCUAGUAUGAGUGUGGUGCAUUUAGGUAGCACCAUAUUAAGAAAAUCAGAAUUACAUUAUUACUAAUACUGUAUAUUUGAAUUUUCCAUCUAUUUUAAUCCUCAUGGUUUCUUACACAUACAUGCACACAGAGACCUACUGCUACACCUUAACACAAAACUAAACUGGAGGUAAAUAUCAUACCAUAGAGAGCAAAAAAGAAUGACUUCACACAAAGAGCCACGAACACCGCCUGGCAGUUGGACCUGUCACCUGAAGCCUCAGUGAAACCAUCACAUAUUUUCUAGGAGUUUUUCAAAACAGUAAGGUCAGAUAGUGGUCUGCUAUCAAAAGUUCCAUGUCUUAAAUUCCUUGCCCUUCCCAUGUUACCAUCUCCUUUGGGUCAAAUCACCUGACAAGGCUCACAGAACACCUCACUGACUGUCCCACAGUGACAGCAGAGGAAGAACGUGUUUCCAUGGCACUGUGCUCACACUGCCAGUGCAAAUGACAGUCAGCCUGAUGCUACAAGAGAAAUGACUAGAAAUAACAAAAUCAAGGAUGGAAUUAUACAAGGAGAGAAUGUAACUUCUGGUUAUGCCUGCAGUAAAUGAUAUUCACAAACACAGCUAGGGACAGCCCUGUGCUGUUGCAGUACACACCACCAGCUUGCCAUGUUCUGAUGCAGAGCAGACACAUUAGGCAGAGCGUGUCAGUUUCUGCUCUUUUCCAGUCCUUGAACUCCUCUGCAAAUACCUGUCAGAAAGGACAGCUAGGAACUUUGUGACACAUUUUUCAACCAUAGAUUUCAAAGUUCUUGCUAAGAUGACUGUCUUUACCACUAAUCUUAAAGGUUAGAAAAAGAAAGGGGGAGUGGGGGAAGGGAGGAGGAAGCAGGCUGGAGGAGAGAUAGAAAGAUAAGCAGCCUGUCAAAUAUCACAAAUGAAGUCAGUAAAAGACCAGGGAGAAUGCAGACCUCGUAUUUUCUUGGAUCAUACACCUUCCAACACAGCUUGCUGUUUUGUGAACCACAUGAAAACCAGACCAAAUAUUCUUUUUCACGUGGCAGACCUGCACAUCACCUUGGAAACCAUGAGUUCACUAAAUUGUUUGUCACAGGACACCAAAACUUCAAGUUACCACUUCAAAACUUCAUCAUUACAGGAUCAUCUUAUUCCAAUAACUGCCUCCACUAGUUUAAAAUAGUUUCUAAAUUUCUUCUGUCCUUCAUUUCUCUCAAUUUCAAGUCUCUUUCAGUCUCAAAAAAAAAAAGAGAGCUAAUAUCAAGGUUUUAAAACAUAGUCCCUUUAAAAUCUCAUUUGUUGGACCUUCACAGUGUGAAUUAAAAAUAAUUAACAUUAUGGAAAAAGCAGUCAGUAAGAACCGCCAAGGUCUUUUGAAGAACCUGUCUAUUUAUCCAGACUUUGAACUACAGAGACAAAAGCCUCUGCAUUUCAAACGGUACUACUUUUUGAAGAUAUUUUAAAGACACUUUAUUUCAGAAGCAGGGAGAGUUGCAUUAAUAAAUUCUCAGAAAUAGAGCAGACUACAAAAAUAUACCACCUUCUGAAUUCACAACAUGGAAAUCUUUGCUUAGUCAAUAAUUUGCUGGAUUAAAAUCAGAGAAUCCUUAGAGUUGGAAGGGACCUUUAAAGGUCAUCCAGUCCAACCCCCCUGCAAUGAACAUCC